AUGGAUUGGGAUAAUAUUUUUUCAUAUAAUACAGCAAAGAUUGUAACUAUCAAAGAUAGAAGAUUAGGUGGACUUCAUAUAAUAUUUAUGGUAUUAAUUAUUGUUUAUAUUGUUAUUUACUCAACAAUAUAUAAAAAAGGUUAUUUACUUACAGAAACACCAGUUGGUAGUAUAAGGGCUAGUUUACUUGCUCCAAAUGAAUUUAAAGAUGAUAGUAAUUUUAAAUAUUGUGAUGAUAAUUUAAUUGAAUAUAAUUUUACAAAAUUAGAAUGUGAUUAUUAUGAUGAAGCAUUUGUAUCAUUUCCAGUUGGUGAUGAUGUUUCAUUUGCAGUGACCACAAGAGUGAAAACAUUGGAUCAAGUUUUAAAUUGUUCAUCAAAGAAUCCAAAAUGUAAAUAUACAACAGUGUCAACUAGAAAUGUUUAUGUGUCGGAUAUUGAGGAUUUUACAAUUUUAAUUGAUCAUACAAUGUUUGCACCAUCAUCAUUGAUUCAAUAUAAUUCAAAGCAAUUAAAAGGCUACAUUUUAGAUAAUGAUAAUAACGAGAUUCAAAUCAAUGAAACUAUAAAUACAGUUGGUAUACCGGGUAAACCUGAUAUAUUAACCAUUGGUAAAUUAUUACAAUUGGCAAAUAUAGAUUUGGAUGGCGCUUCAUCGGUGAAUUCCACAAAUUCAGUUCGAUAUGAUGGUGUGGUUGCAUUGGUUUUCAUAACUUAUUCAAAUACGUUCUCCUAUAAUACCAAUAAUUUCAAAUAUGUUUAUUCCAUUCAAAAAGUUGAAGAUACGGAAUAUGGUGUACCUGAAGCUGUGAUUUUGGAUAAUGUAAGCUCGAGAAUGUAUUAUAAUCGUCAUGGUAUAAGAUUAAUUUUCAUUCAAAAUGGUGAGAUUGGUUCUUUUAAUUUUCAAGCAUUACUCCUGACAUUCGUAUCAGGUUUAGGGUUACUUGCAAUUAGUACAGUUUUAGUGGACCAAUUGGCAAUUCGUUUCUUACCUGAAAGAAAAACUUACAGUUCUCAUAAAUUUCAAAUCACUCAUGGUUUCUCUGAAAGUAGAAAUAAAUUAAGAAUUUCUCAAAAUGAAAAAGAUCCAUUAUUAUUAGUUGAAACUACUAAAAAUAAUGAAAAUAAUAAUAACAAUGAUGAUUAUAACGAUGAUGAUAAUGAAAUUUUUGAUGAUAAUAAUAAUGGGUAUCAAAAUAUUCAAAAUAAUAAUAUAAUUUUAUAA